GCGCAUUUUACAAAAGUUGUUGCUAUAAUUUGAGGAUGGCCCAAUGGAUGGUUGGCAAGUCAAUCUCGAAAGACCAGUUAAAUCGUUUGCUUGAACAUAAGUACCACUGUGAAGGAGAAAGCAUAUGUGACAACUUACUUAAGGACUUUUGGCGGAUAUCUUCCCUGUAUAUACCGAGAUAUAUUGCUCCAAAUACUCUCACAUUACUUGGUUUUCUCGCCAAUGUAUUUGCUUUAUGCUUGCUUCUGUCUUAUGGGGCCUGUUUCUUCACCUCGUUGGUGUUUGUAGUGUGUGUAUUCGCGUAUCAAACUUUAGAUGCCUUAGAUGGCCUACAAGCUCGCCGUACAGGUUCGUGCUCUCAGCUUGGUGAACUGUUCGAUCAUGGUUGUGAUGCUUUAUCCACAUGCAUCCUCCCCAUCAGUUAUUUCAUCAUCAUUGGUUUUGAUGACUGGCCUAUGUUGAUGUUCAUACAAUACUUCUGCAUCCAAGCUUUAUUUUAUGUAGCCCAUUGGCGGUGUUACGUCACGGGAGUUCUUGCAUUUGACCGAGUCGGAGUGACAGAGGGACUUUUAAUUGGAAUUUUAUUUGGGACGAUAUCUUCAAUAUUCGGUUCAUCUAUUUGGAGUAUAAAAGAUCCACUUCUCGGUUUGGAACUCAAGGUUGUUCAGUUCCUCGUGUUCUCUGUUGUCAUGUUUUUUCUGGCGGUUCAGUUCGCUGAUACCAUUUCUCAAGGUGGUUGUGGUAAAUACGGGACAACUGUUGCUAAUACUAGUGUACUAUUUCCAGUUUGCCCUCUUACACUUGCACUUGGUUUUCCUGUUUUGGUUGCUAUUAAUUCUCCGGUAAAUCUUUAUCACCAAUCACCUUUUAUUUUCCUGUUGACGUUUGGGAUCGUUUCAGCGAAAGUUUCUCAACGUUUAGUGAUUGCUCAUAUGACUAAAAGUGCUAUCUAUUUGUUUGACGCGGUUAUGUUUGGGGCAGCUUUGUUAGUCAUUAAUCAGUAUUUUUCGUGUCCCUUGCCUGAAGUAUUAGUUCUAUGGAUAUCUUUGACAUUUGGAGCUGUGAAUAUCAUAUUAUAUGAUGCUGAUGUAUGCAUACAGUUGGCUGACUUUCUUAAUAUAUAUGUAUUCCGUAUUGGUCGACCAUCAUCUAUGCGUCACAAUAAUAAAAAUACACCCGUAAAGUCGUCAGUUCAAGACAACACUUACAAAAAUUCACUUCGUACACGAAAUAGUUCUCGUAAUUGAUAAUAGUUAAGAAAUUUUUUUACCAGGUACUUUGUAUUUCUCUUUUCCCCAAAAUUUACCAUUGGUACAUAUGAAUGUAUACAAAAACUUUCAUUUAAUUUUGACUCAUUCGAAUAUAUAUAUCUUUUUAUGUGUACAGUAAGAAGUAAUCGGAAUCUCAGUUUUGCUUAUUAUUCUCAGAACAUCGCGAUUCACGAAAUGAUUGAAUUGAAAAUCAGUUUCGUUUUCCGCUGUACAAAAGUUUUUAUUUAUGCGGUUGACAAAGUCCGCGUAGUUUGUAAUUUCCAUGGCUCAAGAUACGUAUGAACUUUUACAAUUGAGUGCAUAAUUUCCACCUAUUUAUCUUUCCCUUUUUCUUAUCGUGUUUUUCUUUAUUACUUACUUUCUUUGUGUUUUGCGCGCCAUUUAUACCAGUCAAAUUAGUUUAUUUUUAUAAUUAUUUAUUUAUUUCUCUGAAAAUAAAGAUCCACAUUUACGAUUAUCUGUUUCCCAUUUGUCUUAAGAUUAUGUUGUAUAUGUGUGUACAUCAAAUCCAUUAUUAAUUCCUGUUAAAAUAAAAAAAAGAUAACAUAUGCCUGGUUUUCUUUAUACAUACCAGGUUUCAAUCUACAUAGCUUUCUGUUUUGAGUUUUUAUGUGUAUUUGUAGGCAUUGUUGAUUAUUGUACUUUUUUUCUUAGAUAUUUCCCAUAUCAUGAUUUACUUUUAUUGUCUGUAGAGUUUUUUUUGUAUUAGAGUUUUAUCAAGCGGAUGUGCCAUGCAAUUAUCAGUUGAUAGUAAAGCUAAUUGACACAUACUUUAUUUUGUGUAUGAGGAUAUCGGUGACUUAUCCUUCUGCUCUUUCUUUGUAAGCAAUUAUUUGGUAGUUUCUGUAGUGCCAACAGUCCAUUUCACCUACAAUCUUUACAUAUUAUAAGAAAAAUAUACGUAAUAAAUGCGGUAG